AUGAAGUUGUUGGAGAUGGGCUACCAAGCAGAGGAAAAGCGACAGUUUCCCAUUCCUCGCUUCCCCCUUACAUUGGCAAGCUAUGUUCUUGUCUUUCAGACGGAUGAUGAAUGGAUAAGUGGUGAGGGUGUGUCCUACGCUAAGCUAACUAUGCAGCCUAUCUUGGAUAAGCUCCGAUCUGCUGACAUCAUCGUCCGAGAGUUCAUGAGCUCUGAUAACAAGUACAUGUUUGCUCUUGUGUCCAUCGCCGAAAAACGACAGAAGAUGAUAGCAGAAAUCAUGGGAGAGUAUGAGCUCAUCAGACUAAGACUUCAGAAGUUGGACGACGAGAUGAAUGAGAUCAAAGGGGCAGGCGCUUGGAUGCAUUUCCAGGGACAUCUUGCUCCGCAUUAUGAGAAGUCGACAGAGGGGACUGUGUUCUCUAGCUGCCAGCAACAACACAUAAUUCACUUCCUGCUCAAUGACGUUGAUGAGCGAGUGCUAGGACCACAACUGAUGCAGAAGGAGGCUUGCGAACCUGGCAACAGCAUAUUGGAACAGCUGCAGAUAGACGAGAAGAUAGUCGAUCAUUUCCCAUUGCAUCAAGAGAACAAGAGGGAGUGGCUGGAGAAGUUUUGGGUAAAUUCGUAUGCCAACAAGCAGCCGAUAGAAGACAUCCGCGAGUACUUCGGUGAAGAGAUCGCUCUUUACUUUGCUUGGUUUGGUUUCACGCUGAAAAUGAUGUGGAUUCCUGCCAUUCUUGGGGUAUUAGUAUUUGCUGCGCAAAUCAUAUCAAUACAAUCGGGCUCUGUCGACAAUCCGUUCACUCCAUUGUUCUCGCUAUUCGCCUGGGGCAUUUUCAUGACGAGUGAAUGGAAGAGACUUGAAAUAAUAUAUCAGAAUGAAUGGAGCCUUGCCGAGUAUGAAGACAAAGAGAGCGACCGAAGAGAGUUUGUACAAAAUUCAAAGACAUACAAAAGAUUGAACAACAUCACCUCGAAAGAGGAGUUCUAUCCCGAUCCAAUUUGGAGAAGCAUAUUUCUUACAGCGAGCGUGACCGCAGUAUCUGGUGUGAUCUUUCUGAUCACGUUAACGACUUUGGGGUUGGAAGUUUUGAAGUCUAGUCUUGGGAGCAUCGAAGGAGGAUCCGAGUGGAUUCCUCGGGUUAUCGGCACUCUACUGCAGGCGAUCCUGAUCCUAGCCUUCCGUUGGGCAUCAGAACAUCUUUGUGAGUACUUCACUGCCCUCGAGAACUGGAGAUUCGAUUCGCAGUAUCGAAAUGCGUAUGUUUCAAAACUAUUGUCGAUCACGUUCAUCAACGAGUUCUUUCCGAUAUUCUGCGUUGCGUUUUUGAACAAUCGCUAUCAACCUUUUGGUGCAUACAUGGGUUGUCCGGGGUCAAGCUGUGUCGAUUACUUGGAGAUUGUUGUCUCUAUAGUGUUCCUCACUCGGCUAGAGUUCAAGAAGCCCUCGUUCCCAGGGAUUGACCAUUUCUUCGACUCAAGGGUGGUUGACUUAGGCUACAUCUUGCUGUUCGGAUCAGCGUUUCCGCUCAUGAUUCUCAUCUUCGUUGCAACGAGCAUCUUUGAGCUCAGAGGAAGAGCACGACAACUCUUGUUCUCUCUGCGACGACCUCUGUACAGAUGCUCGCAGACAGUGGGGGCAUGGGGGAUCAUUCUGGACAUCAUAGUGAUCAUGAGCAUUGUUACGCAGAGCGCGUAUAUCUGCUUCACAUCUAAUGCUGUCUUGUACUACUUUCCCAACAUCACGAUUGUGGUGGAAUCUCAAGUCGACAUUCCGGGCGAUGUCGACAUCGCCUGCAAGCGGAAGCUGCACGAGAAGUCAGUCUUUCUUGACGGCCUGGGAGAGUAUGACGAGGAAAGGAACGUGGCCUUCUAUACCUCUGACGAGGGAUACGCAGAGUACGCGCAGUAG